ACUGGCAGUGCGCAGUCGACGACUGGGCCAUCGUGAGGGGCCUGGGGACGGUCACUGAGGGGCUUUGAGUACCGUAGGCCAUUGAAAAUCCAUGCAAGUCAUUGCAAGGCAUUGGAAGUCAUUUCAGGUCAUUGAAGGUGGUUCAUUGCAAGUAACAUGAGGUCAUUGAAGGUCGUUGAAGGCCAUCGCAAGUAAUGUCAGGUCACGGGAAGUCACUGCAAGUCAGUUGAGGUCACUGGAGACCGUCGUAGGUUAGGUACGCUGUGUCACUGCAGGUCACGACAAGCCGAUGGAUUCUGUUCCUGAGUGGUGAAGCGCAGCGGCCAUGCGACCUACAAUGACAUGUGGUGGUGCUGGUCGACUGGUGCCACUAAUGGUGCUGCUGGUGCACCUGAUGUUUGUGGCACCACCUGCACAGUGUAGUUGGCAACAAGUAACUAAAAAGGUCUGCACAUACCGACCGACCAGCCUAGAGUGCGAUCUUCGGAAACGCGACUCGCUUGUGGUCGAUGCAGACGAUACGCUUUCUUCUGUAAGUCAGCUGCGCAUCGCCAAUGCAGAGCAUGUUUACAUCAGAAGCAACGCUCUUGCUUCGCUGGAAUCUCUCGACACUCUCUAUUUCGAGGACCUCACCAAUCUUACGAUUGAGCAUAACAGCGCAGGUCAUCAAUCACAGCGGAGACAAAUCACCAUCGAAAUGAAUCACAUCGACAAUGUUGAACUGAAGACCGGCUCAUUCUCUCAUUGGAUGGCAAACGAGUUGAACAUAUCGAUUUAUAAUAUUGUAUCCAAGUGUACCAUCCACAACGGCGCGAUUGUGUCAAACUCUUCCGCAAGCAACGCUGCCUUGGAGAACAUCACCAACGGCAUGUUUUACCCGGGCACCUUUAGGACUAACCUAGGAACGCUCUCGCUUCGAAAUGUUACGAUGCAGCUGCCCUGCCAGUAUAAUACGUUUAGCGGGGUUUUUGGUAAGCUAAGUCUGACGUCAGUCGGAUUUGCUGCGGGUAUUCAAGAAGGCUGCUUUGCAGCUAAGAAGUGGGAUAUCCUGGAGAUUCAUUCCAGCCAGCUGGGUGAUGUGAAAGAGCGGGCAAUUCAAGGAUCGAUCGGAGAUGUUGAUAUUCGAGACACCCAGAUCGGUUCGAUUGGACCACGUGGAUUUGAUCUAGACGUGAGGCGAUUUGCUAUAAAUGUCUCAUCUCUCGGACAUCUCACAGAAAAUGCACUUGCCGUCAGGGCUGAAGGCAGGGUGACGAUACUUCGAUCCAAUAUCACAACGGUCGCACAGAAUGCCUUUGACGGGCUCUCAUCAAACAAAGGAAUUAUCAAGCUCUCUAACCUUGUCAUCAAAAAUGCUGUCAAUGGAUCCCUGAAAUUCUCGGACUUAAGAAGCCUAAAAAUGAAGAAGAUAAGAAUAAAUAUAGCAUGCGAGUGCAAAAUUAAAGUGCAAGUGCCGCAGCUUCUAUGUGGGUCGAAAUGCCCACUAUCCUCGACAACGCGAGCCCAAAGACGGAUGACAAUGCGCAAUGUGUUGUGCACUCACGAAGGCAUACAUCUGCCGCUUCUAGACCACCACUGUGAGCACUGCCGUCCCAAACUGGCAAGACUUUGUAAAGCAAGACGCCGCAACAGUGAGGACGACACCUCAGCGUCGGCUGAUGCCGGCGGCACGUCCUGGAUCCCCUCUUUGGCCAUCCCAUUGGGUCUCUUGCUGCUCGGUGCGGCUAUCUUUGUGCUCUGCCUCCGUUUCCGUCGGCGUUCUGCUCCCCGACGUCGUACCCAUCGCGUCAAGAGACCCCAAAGUCAGAGGGUCACCGUCAACGACAUUCAGCAUCCUCUGCCGGACCUGACGCAAGGGGCUCGCCCGUCAGACGGUCCUGGCGAGUCACAGGGCGAUGGGGAGCCAGGAGUGGGGACCGCAAACGUGAAGGGACACUCGCUGUAUGCAAACAUUGCACAAGUCCCCGAUGACUCUAUUGUGUAUGAAAAUGUUUUCAAUCUGAGGUGCGGCGCAUCUAGCUCCAUGCACAAAACCCUCUCCGGUGGACAGGACUCUGGGAAGACAGGACCAGAAUCAUGUCGUGAUACACACGUGCAGUCUCUGUACGCACAGGUAACCGACGCCGUCAUGGAAGACAACCACGCGGAGGAGUUUUCGAUGAACUCCUCAGCUGAGAACAACUCAAGCGACCCUCCAGUCUACGCUCAAGUGGAUAAAGGCCGAAAGUCAACCACCAAACAGGUCGAUGAGCCUGAUGAUCAAAAGCAGGAAAAAGAGGCGACUGACAGCACUGUUGCACCUACCAUCUCAAUAAGUAUUGAUGCCGGUGUCAAGGAGGUCAUCCCAGUAUAUGCUCAGGUCCAAAAGGCAGACGGAAAGAAGCCCAGCACACAGUCUACGACAGACCGGCCGGACACCGCUGAGACAGAGCCUGGUACGAUGAUGUCAGAACCUGCAGUCUACGCACAGAUCAUCAAGAAGAAGCCAAGUAAGAAGCGAAAUAAAUCAGAAGAACACAAUACUCGUAAGGCGAAGUCAGCUUCCAAAGACCCGGUGUCCGCAAAACUUCAGCAGCACCACGGCCUUGAAGAGAAAGCACUACGUGAUAAGUCUCACGAUAAAUCUUGCCAGCCUUUGCAUGAGCCCACGUAUGAGGAUAUGUCUUUCCUCGCAGCUCCUGGAGACUCCUCACGGGAGGCCAACUCAAAGAUUGGCGAUCUCAGCUGCCACCAUCCUGACGGAAAUCCUGUUGAAGCUCGACUUAGCCCAGUCGGAAUGUCUCCUGCGCCUAGCCAUCCUGAAAGUGAUCUGGCGAACCCACUUUAUGCAGGAUCUGGAAACUCUGCGGUGGGGAUGACCGAUGCUGGUGGAAGAACACCUCUUUCUGAUGACAUGGAGGACAACCCGCUGUAUGGCACGGGCGUUCGCUAGGUUCGGCAUGUGUCGGACAUCGCUGUGAAUUUGCGUCUAGAUGCCCUUGCAGCGUCAGGGUACUGCUGCCGAGGUGCAACCAGUAUUGAUUGCUACCAGCUGUGUUCCUGUGUAUGCUUGGUUACACUUGGCUUAUGGCUACGCCUUGCUAUAAGUAUAUUGCUGUUGAAAUGUAAAAUGCUUUGUAACGUACCCUGGAUAUUCAUUCGGUAAUUAGCUGUGUCUCGUUAUAUGCUCGAGCUGGUGGGUUGACUCCGAGUCGCCUUCCGCUUCGUAGUGCAUAGGCAGUUGCACUCGUAUGUUCCUGAUGGGGUGAUAUAGUCAGCUUUUUGAAGCCUGUCGGAUCGAGUGCAAAAAUAAACAAUGGCACCAGACGGGCAAUAGGAAUGAAUCGAAUGCCAAAAAAUAAAAUCAAUGGUAACAUAAUGUGUAAUGUAGGCCAUAUUAUCUCUUUUAACACCUUACGUGCACUUUUCACGAAAGCGCUUAAAGCGGGUUUGACGGGUUGAAGAAUAUACCUAAUUAUAAUUGGAUUUUGUUU